AAAAAGAAAGAAAAGCGUCUGUGACUGUGCCGGACGAGCAAGCCAGCUUUAAGCGUAUAGCUAAACGCACAUGCAUGCCAUGAGCCGGGUUUGAGCCUGUGUGAGAAAAAAAAAAAAACAAGCCCCACUCACAACUGCGAGAGAAACCCGAUGAGAGGAACGGCUCAGAGAGAGUGAGGCUCCGUAGAUUGUCCAAAGGGGCAGCGUUUCUCCUAGUUCCGGUUUGUCUGCCUGUGCGCGCUGUGCGAGUUGGGACCCUAAACAAAAGGCUGCCAUCAUCCUAAAGGAGAUAUUCUGCCGCGAGAGAGCCUUGUCUGCUUGAUGCUAACCAAACAUGAGCUCCUAUUUUGUUAACCCUCUUUUUUCUAAGUACAAAGGCGGCGAGUCACUGGAGCCAACUUACUACGACUGCAGGUUUCCACAAAGCGUCGCCCGCAGCCACACGCUCGUUUACGGACCCGGAGCAGCCGCACCGGGCUUUCAGCACCCGUCCCAUCAUGUGCAGGACUUUUUUCACCACGGGACCACGGGGAUAUCCAACCCCGGAUACCAGCAAAACCCCUGUGCUUUGGCGUGCCACGGAGACGCGACGAAAUUUUAUGGAUAUGAAGCCCUUCCGAGGCAAACGCUUUAUGGUACCCAACAAGACGCAAGCCUAGCGCAAUACCCAGACUGUAAAUCGUCGAGCAGCUCUAACCCCGGAGAAGGACAAGGCCACUUAAAUCAAAACUCCUCUCCCAGUCUUAUGUUUCCCUGGAUGAGACCCCACGCUCCAGGAAGACGGAACGGGAGGCAAACCUACAGCCGCUACCAAACUCUGGAGCUGGAGAAGGAGUUUCUCUUCAACCCUUACCUGACGCGCAAGAGGAGAAUCGAGGUGUCACACGCCCUGAGCCUCACCGAGCGCCAGGUGAAGAUCUGGUUUCAGAACAGGAGGAUGAAGUGGAAAAAAGAGAACAACAAAGACAAGUUUCCGGGUCAGAGGGGGGAGGCUGAAGCCGAGGCCGAGGAAGAGGGCAACGAGGACGGUGAAGGGGAAGAGGCCGAGGCCGAGGAGAAAGAAGCGGAAGAGAAAGAAGAAGAGAGCAAAGAGUGAUUUUAUGGUCCUUUUUAUGGUUAUAUGGCGGAAAAAGAGAGAGAAAGGAGAGAGGUCCCAUAAACAGAGGAAGAGUCACAAGGAGGCAGAGAGCGUCAACUUUAUGACCACCCUUUCAUUUUGUCAAGAGGGGACAGGAAUCCCUCCAAUAUCUCUAUCAUUAAUAGACAAAAUUCGCCCUCCUCGUUACCCUAUAACAUGAUUUCCAUUUGGAUAUUUCUGUAGACGCAGAUUUCCUUUCAUAAAACUAUAAAACUUGCGCCCUUUCAAAAGGAAAAGGGGUUAAUUAAAACGCAUGUUAGAUGGAAAAUGGUUUAGCUGAUGUUUUUUUAAGUACAAAUUUGCUUUUAAUAAUAAUGAGUAUCAAAAGCAUAGCCAAAUAAGAUCAAAUCAUGACCAACGCCGCCAUGUGUUGUAAAUAAAUAAAUAGCCUACAUGUAAAAAGUGACAUGGACGUCAUUUAUAAGCGAAAUGUAGGCCUAUAACUUUCGUGUUCCAACACCAUCGCAGCAGAUACAUGGCAACACCAGCCCAUGUAUAGACCGCAAUUUUUAUUCUUCUAAUUAUUAAUGUUACUGUUUUACUCGUUUUCAUGUGGAUGGCCUAGACAAAGGCAUAGCCAUUAGCUCCUCAGACAUCUUUUUCUAGGAUUUACCAGGGAAAUGCAAUCGUUUGAAAUCCUUUGAUGCUACCUAAAACCUGGGGGAAUUGCAAUAGAGAUUUCUGAAUAUAGAGAUUUCAUAUGGUUUUAAUUUGAAAAGUGUUAUAUCAACCUUAUAUGAUUAAGUUAUGUAUGUAGCAUUUAACCCAAUAUACAGUAUACACUUGUUGAAGACAAUUUGUGAGUCUUGGGAAGACAAAUAGCUCAAAUGUUGAGAUUGUAACCACGGCACUACCUAAACUCAGAGCCUUGCCUUUUUGCUGAAUUUCUAUUCUUCACUUGUGGCAUCGCUCUGAUUUAAACGCAAGCUAUAUUUCCCCAACAACUAAAACUGCCUAUAACGCACAUGUACUGUGUAUAAUAAUACCUGCUACAAUUACAACGAGUUUUAAAGUACGGGACGUUUCUUUUGAUGUGCUGGUGAUAUAGCGUAGUUGUUUUUGCACUGAAUAUAAUCUUUAUGUACGUCUUGUUAUAUAUUGAUGUUAACAAUAUGCUCGUUUUCUGGUGUUUUCUCCUGUGAAAGACGGAAUUGUGUGUCCCCGCCAUUGUUGAUGUAAAAUCACGAAUAAACAAGAUGGCUCACAGUCA